CAGCCUGGAUCUAUCACACGAGAGCUCUCCUGCUCUGGAUUAUUGCUGGCUUCUUCUGGAAUAUUUGGGAUUACCCCGAGGUGAUUACUGCUUUCUGAUCACUGCUGGUGAGGGUUCUGGAAGGAUGGGGCACUGAUUGCCAGCACUGGAGAAUAAGUGGAGAUGGUUCCCUGGAGACCUGCUGUUGUGUAGCUCCUGCACUUGUGGGUGGCAGGAGGAGUUGGCAGCUCUGCCCUGGCUGGUCACAUGUCCUAUGCCACCACUCCUUGCAGCCCAGGAAUAACUUUUCCUAUAAUGAACUAGAAAAAAAAGGAAAGAGAAAUUUUAAUAAUGGAGACCAGGGUGGCAGCAAUACAAGUAAAUCAAGACAAAGCAAAUCUACAUAUGGAAAAAUCUAACAGCCCAAGUAAUGGCAGCCGAGAAUUAUUUGUAUCAGAUGAUGGCUCCAGUUUUGAAGACACAGAUUUCAGUUGGGACGAGUAUCUGGAGGAAUCAGCAUCUGUUGCUGCACCUCACACUUCUUUUAAACAUGUUGAAAUUAGUCUUCAAAGCAGCUUCCAACCAGGAAUGAAACUGGAAGUGGCCAAUAAGAAUAAUCCAGAUACGUAUUGGGUGGCUACUAUUAUUACAACGUGUGGCCAGCUACUGCUCCUAAGAUAUUGUGGCUAUGGGGAAGAUAGAAGAGCUGACUUCUGGUGUGAUGUCAUGACCGCAGACCUACACCCGGUUGGCUGGUGUACACAAAACAACAAAGUCCUCAUGCCACCAGAUGCAACAUUAGGUGCCAUUGUGUUCCAGCGGCAGCAACACUUCCACGUUUCAAAUGCCUCAACAUCUGGAAUAAAAGACAAAUGCACAGACUGGGCUGAGUUCCUCAUUCAUGAUCUGACUGGCUCCAGGACUGCCCCAGCAAAACUUCUAGAGGGACCUCUUCGUGGAAAAGCCCCUGUAGAUCUUAUUACAGCUGAUUCACUCAUAGAGCUGCAAGACUCUCAGAAUCCCUUCCAGUACUGGAUAGUCAGUGUGGUAGAAAAUGUGGGAGGAAGAUUGCGAUUGCGGUAUGUUGGCUUGGAAGAGUCAGAUUCUUGUGAUCAGUGGUUAUUUUACCUGGACUGUAGACUUCGACCUGUUGGUUGGUGCCAAGAAAAUCAAUGCAGAAUGGAACCACCUUUAGAUCUUUGUCCACUCAAGAGUAUGUCUGAAUGGAAAAGCGCUCUUGAAAAAUCUCUGGUAGAUGCAGCAACACGUCCUCUUCCAGUUGAAGUUUUUAAGGAUCAUGCUGACCUCAGGCCCCAUACAUUCACUGUUGGGAUGAAGGUGGAGGCAGUAGACCCAACUGAACCUUCUAAUAUUCGUCCUGCAACUGUCACUAAGGUUUUUAACAACAUAUACUUCCUAGUAACCAUCGAUGAUUUGAGACCAGACGCUAGAAACGUGUCAGUGCUUUGUCAUGUUAAUUCCCUGGGACUUCUGCCGAUACAGUGGUCUCUUAUCAAUGGGGUUAAUCUCACACCUCCAAAAGGCUAUCCAGAGCAGGACUUUGACUGGGCGGAUUACCAGAAACAGUGUGGAGCAGAGGCAGCACCUCAUUCAUCCUUCAAAAACACAUCAAAUUCUCGAGGGUUUACAAAAAACAUGAAACUGGAGGCAGUCAAUCCAAGUAAUCCAUCUGAGAUUUGGGUUGCAUCUGUAACUAAAGUAAAAGGAAGAUUACUUUGGAUUCAUCUUGAAGGUCAGGUGAAGCCAGUUCCGGAGUAUAUUGUUGAUGUGGAGUCCAUGAAUAUUUUCCCUGUUGGAUGGUGUGAAGCAAACUCAUAUCCUCUUAACACACCGCAGAGAGCAGUGGUGAAAAAGAAAAGAAAGAUUGCAGUUGUUCAGCCAGAAAAACAGUUGCCAUCCUCAGUGCCUGUGGAGAAAAUACCUCAUGAUCCUUGUCCGUUCCCUCAGAGUGACAGCUACUCAACAGGGACCACCAAUGGAAAAUAUUGCUGCCCUCAACUGUUCAUCAAUCAUCGCUGCUUUUCAGGACCAUAUUUAAAUAAAGGCAGGAUAGCAGAACUACCUCAAUCGGUGGGUCCUGGGAAAUGUGUGCUUGUUCUAAAAGAGGUCCUCGGUAUGGUAAUUAAUGCUGCCUACAAACCUGGACGGGUCUUACGAGAGUUACAGUUAGUGGAAGACACAUCAUGGAAUUUCCAGGAAGAAACACUUAAAGCCAAAUACAAAGGUAAAACCUACAGGGCGACUGUGAAGAUUGUCCGAACAUCAGAUCAGGUUACAGACUUUUGUCGCAAAGUGUGUGCAAAAUUGGAAUGUUGCUCCAAUUUGUUCAGUCCAUUUCUGGUUACUGACAUAUGUCCAGAAAACUGUUCUAUACAUACGAAAACCAAAUACACUUAUUAUUAUGGAAAGAGGAAAAAGAUUGCAAAGCCUCCUAUUGGGGAACAAGCAGCAGACAAUACCCAGACCAAACCAGCAAGACGCAGAAAAAGGAGAAAAUCUAUUUUUGUACAAAAGAAAAGACGUACAUCAGUGGUUGAUGUUAGCCCAGUUGGCUCUGCUGAGGAGAGUGCAGAAGAUGAUGUUCUUGAAGAUGAUACCGGAAGUGAGGAAACAAGUUCUGAAGUACGUGAUGAUCAUACUGACACUUCCUCUGUUGAAGUUCCUUCUAUACGUCCAAGGAGAGCAGUAACACUGAGAAACAGCAUUGGGUCUGACAGAGCACCUCUAGCAGAGAGGACAAGAAGAGUCCGGAAAACACGUUCUUUUUCUUAUGCUGAAGAGGUCAACACCACAAGUGAGAAAGAUGAUAAAAAGCAAGAGGAAGAGGAGUGUCUGGUCCUUGAAAGUAACCCAUUGGAAUGGACAGUGAUGGAUGUAGUGACAUUUAUUAAGUCUACGGAUUGUGCUCCCUUAGCUAAAAUCUUUCAAGAACAGGACAUCGAUGGACAAGCAUUCUUACUUCUGACUCUUCCCACAGUUCAAGACUGUAUGGAACUAAAACUAGGCCCUGCCAUCAAGCUCUGCCACCAAAUUGAGAGAGUUAAAGUGGCAUUCUAUGCACAAUAUGCCAACUAAACCCUUUGACACGUUUUGCUGUAUCUAAACUAAAUUCAUUGUUAAGGUAAAAAGUGAGUUUACA